CGUUACUUAAAUCAUGGUUAGUUGGCAACCCGAAGGUAACGAGGAACGCUGCAUGCAGAGAGCACUUUUAGCGUUUACUUGAUGAUUCCAUUGUAAAAUGACAGCGAUGGCCAUUUAGACAUAUAAGACUGACGUAAAGAAGAAUUUAGUUAGUGGAAAAAACAUUAGGGAAAGGCUGUAAGACGUGUCCACUUCCAUGUAUUUGAAAAAUGCACCAGGGACAUCAAAACAAGCAAGUUGCUAGUAGUUUCGAGGAAAGAAGUGGAAUGAUCGCAACUGGGGAUGUUAUGAACAAAACGGCUCGGGAAACAACAAGUUGCAACUGCGAGCAUUCCAUGUUGAUUUAGCUUAAGCAGCCGGUGGUAAAGGAACCCUUGUCUUAUACACAGCUGCCGACUACCUCACGAGAAAUUAAAAUUUCUUCAAGUCAGGUGACAAUCUAAGUAGACUGUACUCGUUCGUUUUUGGUUGGACUCAGAAGACAGCAAAUUCAGAUAGAGUUGAAGAUAACUGAAAUACUUCGAGUUUGGAAUUCAAAAGACAAAGACAUUUUUUUCACAGAUUUGGAAUUGAAAAGACAAAGACAUUUUUCACAGAUCGGGUAGGAAAACAUAUUAGAUGAAGGAGAACGCAUCACAGGUUAUUCAGCCCAACUGGACAGGAGCGUGCAUAAACUGACUGGAUUGUAAAAACAGAAUAUAAAGAUGCACUAGUGACUGCUUGCAGCAUUGUAGGUUAUCAAACUGCCAGUGACUCUUGGGAGGUCUGACGGAGAAAAACUGUAAUUAACAAGCUGAACACAGAUUUCUGAUAUCCGGAGACUGCCAUAAUUUCAAGACUACAAAAACUAAAUCAACCACUCUUAACUUUCAAGGAUAACAUAAUAGAUUAUUCCAUUUUGGAAGACCUAGAAAAUCGGCAAGGUGUGACGUCAUCGUAUAUUUCCAACGUGUGUUCCAACGUGAUGUGCUGAGUGCAACUGAUUUCUUCUGAAAAAAGAAUCGGACAUCAAGACGCAAAGACGCUAAGAUUUUGAAUGGAUAUGAGACGUGAUCCUAAUAACGUGAAAGAAAAGACUAAUUGAACUCAAAAGAGAGGUCCAUAUAUCGAUGGCGUUUAAUGAUCACUUAAUCUAGGAAUUACGAUUUUCGCGGCACGUUUACCAGUAUUACAUGGUUCAUCACUACUACUGUAUAGACAUAACGGAGAUUAUUAGAGCUUACCAUUGUCUUGGAAUCUUGCAAUUUAAAUAGACAAACUCAUACAGUUCUUGGAACUUGGAACCAAGUGUUAAAACAGAUAUUGUACUUUUGGGACCUUCAGAUAUAUCAUUACUACUGUAUGAAAUGGUUAUAGAAAUGGUCUAUAUUUCACUAGAUACACAGAAAUUCGCUUAUUUUAGAAGCAGCGUGGUGGAUCACUUUAAACGGUCACGCUGAAAGCACGCCAUAGCCACAGUGAAAAAUUGUAGGAAGAAAUGAGAAAUGGUUACUGUUUAGAUUACACGGCCGCCUAAAGAACCCUCCCACUUGCUUUGUGGCAGAAGAGAGACACUCACGCACACACACAUAUAUAUGAAGAUAAGCCACAAGCAGUGAUGGUGCGUAAGCCAUUUUGGUCAGAAUUGUUACAUGAAUUAUCAGUAAAGGUGGAUUUUGGACGCCUUUAGAUUGAAGGCUCUGUUCCAGAGUCAAGAACUGAGUGCAGAGUUUGGGAUUUGGUCGAAAAGUGAACCAGACUCUCCAUUAUGUAUUUUUAUCGUUAAUUAAACAAUGUUGCAUAGGUAUUAUUUUAGACUUAAAAAAGAACCCGAAUCACCAAGUCUCUGUAAAAUCCAAAGGAUAUCAUUCUGACUUAAAAUCAACAAAGUACAAUUUUUUUACAAGUGCUUUUAAUUUAUUAACUUUCCAAAAUGGCCAACAUCGGAGAAGAUAAUAUAACAAUACUCGACUGCGACGAAAGCAAAAACCCGGCUUGGGAAUACAAAUACGCUUUCACAGUCUGGGUGAUGGGGGCCAUUUGCGUGUUUGGAAUUAUGGGGAACGUGAUGGCCUACUUUGUGUUGCUGCAGGAUAAGACGAAGCUUGUUCACUUCUAUCUCCUUCGGUCUCUUUCAUGCGCAGACUUUUGUUUCUUAACUUCGACCUUUUUCAUGGUGGUGGUACCAAAUUUCUGCCUGAACACGGGACAGUGCAUCGUGUUCUAUCACGGGAUUUACGCUUACAUGGAAGCUUACAUGUGGCCUUUCCACAGCAUGGCGAAUACGGCAAGCAAAUGGUUCCUGAUUUUAGUGGCAACCGAGCGCUUCAUUGCCAUGUGCAGGCCCUACCAAUACACUACUUUGAACAACAUGAAAUAUGCUCAAUAUGGCGUAGUUGUUCUUACCGUAUUUCUCCUAAUAUACAACACCCCGAAAUUCUUCGAGGCGUACGUAGAGCACAUCAACUGCACCGAUUAUUCAAAGGCGGUUCUACGGUUCACCGACUUGGCUAAAACCCAUUCGUACAAGGUAGUCUACACGGCCGUCUUUGAUUUCAUGGUCUACGUUCUUUGCCCGUUGCUCAUUCUUCUCGUAAUGAACGCCAAGAUCAUCAUGGCACUAAGACAGCAGCGACUCAGCAGGAAGAGAAUGGGCAGGGGAGACAACUACGAUACCAACAUAACAAUGGUACUGGUAAUCAAUGUCCUCGUGUUCAUUACCUGUCAAUUGCCUUCGAUAUCAGUCGCCGUGUACAACGCCAUUGGGGAAAAAUCAGAGACUUACCAGAAUUAUUUUGUGCCUUUUAACAACGCGCUGGUUACCUUAAAUUGUGCUAUAAAUCCUAUUAUAUACUGUACAGUUGGACGGAGGUUCCGACAACUCAUGAAGGAGUGUCUCUGUGGCAAGCAAGCAGCGAAGUACAAGAAGAAACGGCAAAAGCAGAAAAGUGAAGUGUCCAUCCCAAAAACAACAUCUACGACAGUUGAUCUUGACUGUGUGAAAACCUGUGACAAGAAUGCCCAGACAAAACCGUUGGUGCAAAAUAGCGUAUAGAACUGUUCAAGUAUUGUAUUUCAAUAUAUAUAUAUAUAUAUGUAAGGUGUAGUAUCAUGAGUAAAUAGGUACAUGUAGGGGAUACAUGUAGCCGAGGGAUUGGCGUUAUACAUUAAACUAUCUAAGCACAUUUUUUGCAAGCUAUUUUAAAGUUGACGCACCUGUCCCUUUUAAGCUUGGAAGUCUGGUUUUAACACCAUAGUCACAUUUAGUAGUAAAUGUAUUUGUCGUUGCAAAUUAACGACUUUACAAAUAAAUGCGUACAAUUUUAAUAACGUUAAGUAGCCAUUUCUAGUUUAGGUCGGUAGAUUCAUAACCAAUAUGUCGGUGUCUAGCUGUAUAAGAAUUUGCAGAUAUUUUUACUUUUACAAAAUAUGACCCUUAGAUGCUUAUAUGAUUUCUUUGAAUGUUUUGCCGGACAUUUUGGGGACAUUUUACACCCUUUUAAGGGGAUGAGUUACUUAAGUGUGUACUUACGUAGGGCUGUUUGUACAGGAAAGAAACGCGAAAAGGAAAACAUUGUAAUCCCCCACUCUUCACAGAAGUGUAAAUACUUUUUAAUUAUUCUGACAUUCAUAUAUAUAUAUGAGUUGAUUGAAUAUGGGGUCUGUUUUGUUAUUGGUUAUAAACCGUAUGAUUGUAGCUUUUCGUACUUAGUAUACCGUAGAAGCAACCUUUGCAUUUCAGCAAAGACGCGUUUCACAAAUAUUCGUUUUAAUAUAUAUUUAUUUAUAUAUAUAUAUAAUAGAAGUGGCACAUUAAGUCUCCUUUAUGUUGGCAGGCUCGUAUAUUAUCUGAAGAUAAAAAUUCAAAUCUGUUGUUUUAUGUAGAUAUGUAGUGUCAAUACACAUCGCAGUGCUCUACCCGUAAGUUUAUUUUCAGCUCAGCACCGUUAACCUUAAUCACUUUUUAUCUGUUGUCAAUCUGUUACAUAUAAUUGAGCCGGCGUUUGUGUGAAUACGAUCACUUGCCGUGAUGACAGUAGGCAGUCUAGGCAAAUAUCUGAUAAAUAUUAGAUGUUACAAAACCACAUUCUCUUUUGUUAUACAACAGGAGAUUGGUGAUGAAGCGCACUUCAUAUUUAAUAAAACACAUAUUGUGCAACAGUUGUCGUGAAGUGCGAGUAAGUGCAAAAAUCAGUACAGUAGAUAAUGAAGAACUUACGGGGAAAAUGUGUUUAAUAAUUACAUGUUCUGGGUGACUACUUUAUGUGAACCAAUUCACGGACAGGAUUAAGUAGGUACAGUGAAUAAGGUGACAACAUGUUGCAAUCGAGAACAACGCCCGUGGCCUAACAUUCAGCUAAGAGUGCAAAAGAAGUGUGUAUUCAUAAUUUUGGUUUUUGAACUAAUCUAUUUGAUUUAUUGUUAGAACAAAUAAGAUCUGAAUCAUCGCAGCACAUGGCAAUCGUCUUAAUGGAUCUUGGGAUAGAAAAAAGUUGGUUUCUUUAUUGCUAAACAGUGAAUCAUAUGAAAACACGACAUUUAAAAACAUUUGAUUUCACUGACUGAAUGGAAGCUUUAAAAAAAAUGAAAUUAUCUUACGCGUGCUUUAAAUGGUGAAUGAAUUGGUGGCGAUGAGAUUUUAAGUAUACUUAAAAUGGUGAAGAACUUAGUGGUAAUGACAGAAGUUGAAAAACACCAAUAAUUGAAAAAAAUGACAAGUGAAAUAAAUUGUAGCGCAGUUUUUGAAUGAAUGGAUAAACAAACUUUUACACGGGGCAUUAAAGCAAAGAUAUCAAUAAAAGCUUACAAAAUUAUUUAAAGCGUAGGUAUGCCGAUGUAGCUAAUAUUUUUGUAGAUUACUACAAACAUUUGUGGACAGAAAUUUUAAUUUUAACAUGUUUUAGAAGCAUUUUCACCACUUGUGCUAAUCUCAUGUUGGCUAUGGUCUCAAUUGGAUGUCUUUUUGCGUAUUCAUUUAAACAUAAGUCAUAAUUACAAUUCCGUGAUCUUUUAUUGCAAAUAUAGUUAUGUAAAGAUAGAUGUUAUUACGUAAUAAAAGUUCAUAU